CCCCCCCCCCCCCCGGAAUAUCGGUCAAAACGUGACAUAUCUGGUUCAAGGCAUAUGAUUGGUUAGUGCAGCAAUUCAGGGGAGCCAAUCUCUUGCUGAAUGGCAUCUUGAUCGCUUCGACCCCUGUCGCGGCAGCAUGUAUCACGGGCCUAAUUCCAGAUCUCCCCAAGUUUCCUUGAAAUCUAAGAUUCAUUCGUCGAAUUCCCCUGUCUCUCGAAUGGAAGUAGCAAAUAGGACGAUUCACCCAUGUCGGCAAGGAGUUUGGGCCCUAAAGACGGGAUGCAUCAUAGAUGGAAGGCGCCCGCCCAGCCUUGCCCUUUCUUACUUGAAAGCGAACCACCCUUGCGCUUCUCACACUCCUCCUCGCAGCCCCCUUCUCUACUCUACGCCUCCAUAUUCUCAUCACAACAACCGUCUCGGAAGCAUUUGCGAACAUCAAAGCACAUCCCUCAUUGGAACUCAAGAUAUCAAGCAAUAUGCCCCCCUUCGCCCCCUUUCUCUCACUCCUCAUCGCCUUCAUUGGCACCACAUCGGCUGAUAUCUUCAUGGCCAACGCCUCUCUCCCCGACAGUUGGGUUGACGGGCAGCCCAUCAACGCAGCUGGUCAAGCCUUCUGGGUCGGCGGCUCCCCAUCAACCUACUGUCCCUCCAUCGUCGGUGCGAAUUGCCCGGAUGCUACAGCUCAGACUAUCAUCAUUGCCGGCUUCAGUGCCCUGGAUGUCGAGGUCCCCGGCGGUCAGCAAAUCUACGUUAAUGUCAAUGGUGCCUUGGGAUUCACUCAAGCUCACUCCGCUGUGGUCCCAACUGGCGCUUACAUUGGCGGCUUCUUCAACCUGACUUACAUGUCCGACUGCUCUACUCCUCGCACUGUCAUCAAUUGGAAGUCUCCUGAUGGAUCGAGUGAAGGUAUCUUGGCUUGCCCGACCAAGCCUUCCGGUCCGAAUGUCACGGUUUCGUAUCAACUCUACGCUAAGACACCAGCUUUCAACCUGACGAACUGUGAUGGCGGUGUCCCUGUGGAUGGUCUCACGGCAACAUACUUGUCAUCCCCAGCUCCAUAUGGCGCCUGGCAAUACGUCUGAAUCGAUAGGGCGAUGAUGAACCAGGCAACGAGAAUUAUGGGUGAAAUUUUGGAGCAUUAUGAGAUGCAUAUGUCUCUGCUUUAUAUGGAGUAGUUAUCACAUGUCUUUCGCCGCCAUGGAGCUGAAGUUCAUUGCGUGAUAUUGUCAGACUAAUGGGCUCAGAGAUAGGAUGGAUGUCUCCCAUCGAUUGAUUCAGAACUUGGUAUGGCGGUAAUACCCGCAAUUGCAGAACGAGAUAUACAUAGAUGAAAAUCACAAGUAAUUUU